CUGGUAGAAUCCGAUCCGGAAACAGUUCUAUCCCGUGCUUUCUUGCUUGCCGUGAAAGUGAUGGCUGGUAAAGAGGCAGCAUCCAAUCCAGAAUUAGCUCAAAAAAUGAAAAAUUUGGACGACGAUGCGGAAAAAUACGGAAAUCGAGAAAAACGGCACGCAAAAGCUGCGAUUUUGUGGGGGCGAGGAAAACACAACGAAGCAUCGGGUGUGUGGGAUCGUCUUCUCGACGACUACCCAACCGAUUGCUGUUCGGCUGUUCGUUUUGCUCAAGACGCCCAUUUUUUCAACGGAACCCUUCGUACCAACCUGGCUACUUUAGACAAGAUUCUGCCAUUUUGGACUGCCGACAUGCCUUGUUAUAGCUUCCUAUUCGGAAUUCACGCAUUCGCUUUAGAAGAGUCUGGAAAAUACGUGGAGGGGGAGAAGGCUGGAAGAGAAGCGCUCAAAUUGAAUCGAUUCGAUUGUUGGGACGCGUUGGCUUAUGUUAUGGAAAUCACGCGUUGGCUCAUGGUAUGGAAAUGGGUGAAAGACACAAAGAAGGAAGAGAUUUCAUGUAUAAAACGGAAGAUGAUUGGAAGAUGCCCUAAAACCCGUAUUAGAAUGACCCGUUCUUCUAUUCUACCAAGGCACCUUGAGAGGGCUCUUCCAUUACAGGGGACCAUCAACUAG